AUGCGCAAAAAAGUCGAUUUAUUUUUGGCGCUUCUAAAUUUAGCAGCAGCGCAAAAAGAAUUUGAAAGCUCCAAUAAUGAGGUGUUUAUAAAUGCUGACGGUCAUCCCAUUGGAAUCAGGUGCACUUUUGAAGAUGGCUGGUGCCCUGGAUUUCAUAAUCAGCGAAAUAGGGAUCCGAAAAAUCACUAUAUGGACUGGACAGUAAGCAAGGGAGUAUCAGACUCGCCAGUCACGGGGCCAGAAGUAGACCAUACAAUGGGAACGAAAGAUGGCCACUUUUUGCAUCUGAAGGCGGAAGGAAACAGAUUUUUGGCGAAAGGAGAAUUGCUUUCGAUGAAUUUCAAGUUGGAAUAUUCGAAAUACUGCGUCGGAAUGUGGUAUCACAUGAUGGGCAAGCAUGCUUUUUCGCUGAAUAUUUACGCGACCAUUCCAAGAGACAAAAAGCAGCCUACCCAGCAACUCUUGAAGGCAUCUGGCGCCAAAUCAAGAAACAAGAGCAACUGGCUUUACACUCAAAAUGAAGUUACUGUGCCGCUUUAUUCGCCUGAAUAUGUUAAUUUGACGAUUCAUGGAGUAAGAGGACUUUCUUAUUCUUCUGAUAUCGCUAUUGACGAUUUCUUCUUUCUUCCAGGGCCUUGUCCACAAGUCACGACAACAAAAGCACCACUACCAACGACCCUCCCUUCCUACGAACGAACAACCCCUCCAACUCUCUCACCAACAACAACGACUACAGAAGAUCCAACAGAAAAUCGCGAGUACAUGCCAUAUUUCGUCACUCAACUGGAAAAAUGCACGGUCAACGGAGUAGUAGAAAGCUACCUGCCAACACUGAGCGUCUGCUGCGGCGGGAAAAUCUUGAGAAGAAGUUCUGGAUCGAAAUGCUGUAAUGGAGUCCAGUAUUUUAACCGAAAACAGGAUUGCUGCGAAGAUCAAGUGAUCAAUCGCGCCGAGAAGAGUUGCUGCGGAGGAGUCAUCACCGAAAAAGUUUUCGGCGAAAUUUGCUGCGGCGGUGAGAAAAGAGCCGAAAAAGAAAAUGAAAAAUGCUGCGGAGACAAAACUUUCUUCGAUACUACCCAGAUGGGCUGUUGCGGAGGAGAGACUUUUGACAGAGCAACGGAUUAUUGCUGCGGCGACAAGAUAAUUUCGCUCGCAGAUGAAAGUACCAAGUGCUGUGGAACUGGGAAAAAAGGAAAAGUGGUCGGCGGGCGAGAAGGCUGCUGCAAUGGAAACACCUACAUGACAUUCGAAUACUCCUGCUGCGUGGACAAAUUCAUCUACCACAAAAAAGACGAAAGAUGUGACGCCGAAACUGGAGUCAUUACUCAAGUCUACUCGAAAAAAACUCCAAGUAUCCAGUUUGGAGAGCGACACUGGUUGUUUUAG